GUGUUGGUUUUGAGGACAGAGCCAGCCAAGAGCAGUGUUGCUACACGGUGCAUGUGAUGAAGAGCUGAAGGCAGCCGCCUCUUACAGGCUGGCUUCUGAGAUUGUACCUUCUUCUCCUGCUCCUCUUCCAACUCUAUGACCCUCCAAGGCCCAUCUGACCUGCUCAGGAACCAAGAUGAUGCAGCCAGCCGCACAGCUCCAGUUCAUGAACCAGUUGUCACCGAGUGGGCAGUGCGUCCCCCCACCCCAGCCCAUCCAUGCCUCCUGGACAAAGUGGGGAGAGCGUCUGCACAGCAGUAUGAGGCCCGCAAGUCCAAGGAGCAGCUUCCGCAACAGCCGGCUCAGAGCAAGACGGAGCCUCGCCGCAUCCCGCGCCUCCGGGCGGUGGUAGAGAGCCAGGCCUUCAAGAACAUCCUGGUGGACGAGAUGGACAUGAUGCUGUCCCGGGCAGCCACCCUCAUCCAAGCCAACUGGAGGGGCUACCGGCUCCGGCAGAAGCUCAUCUCCCAGAUGUUGGCGGCCAAGGCCAUCCAGGAGGCCUGGCGGCGCUUCAACACGAGGCGCCUUCUCCGCUCGAGCAAGGUCACGGUGAAGAGGGUGAGCAAGGAGGAAGGAGACAUCCCUUACCACCCGCCCCAGCAGGUGCGCUUCCAGCCCCCGGAAGACAAGCCCCCUCAGGUGCAGCCCGUCAUGAUGAGCAAGGAGACCCAGUUCCCGUCCUCCGACAGCCUGGUCACCUGCAUCCCCCAGCUGGGUCUGCUGCAGCACCCCGCGGCCCAGGGCAUGGCUGGGCCCGGAGUGCAGGCUCCCCACGGCCCCGGAGCCCACGGGGUGGCCUUCCUGCCGCACCAGACCAUGGCCAUGAGACUUCCGAGUCCGGUGGGUCUAGAUCCCAAAUGCCAGCCGUGCCUGCUGACCAAGACCGUCAGGAGCUCCUGCCUCAUCAGGCACCUGGAGGGGGACGCGGUGAAGACCAAGCACGUAACCACCAGAGCCACCAGAGCAGGGGCCCCAGAGCCACCGCCCUCGGGCAGGUACGGCCAGGCACUUCCUGGAACCUUCAAGGCCCAGAUCCAGGCCCACGUGGAAGCCGAUAUCCACAAGACCCCACCCCAGGCCUUCCCAGCGUCCACCCUGAGCAAGACCCCACCCAAGACGAGUCCACUGGUUUCCAUAACCAGGACCCAGGCCCAGGUGUCCCCCGUCCCCACAGUGACCAAGACGCCACCUCAGACAGGCCCAGGACCCAUGAUGACAGUCAUGAAGACCCUGGCCCAGACAGGCCCGUCGCCCACAGUGACCAAGACCCAAGCUCAGAUGCGACACACACCUUCACUCACCAACGCUCCCCUGCAGUCGCGGUUAGCGGCCACCAUGGCCAAGAUCCCCCCCCAGGUAUGCCUGUUGGCUUCGGUGAUGAGGCCCCCGUGCCCCGCACGCCCGGGGGCCACCACAGCCAGGCCCCCACCACAGACGUGCCCCGUGUCUGCCAUGACGAAGCCCUCACCCCAGAUCCGCCUGGUGACCGCCCCGACCAAAAACCAGAUGCCAACUUGCCAAGCCGCCGCCCCUGUGACCAAGACUCCGUCCCAGGUUUGCCCAGGUGCCUCCAUAAUGAAGCCCCCGCCCCAGACGCGCCUGGCGGCCAUGAUAACGAAGACCCCAGCCCAGAUCCGCUCAGUGGCAGCGGUCCUCCGGACCCUGUGCCUGGUCCCUCCCGUCGUCGGCAAUCUCAGAACGCCACCCCAGACGGCGGCGGGAUCCCCCGGAAUUCCCAGCACGUGCUCCACCGUGCACCUGAACACACAAAAGGGCAAGGUCAUGGUGAACGUGAGGCAGACGGCCGGCGUCAAGGACUCAUCCCACUCGUACCUGGCCGAGGGGAAGGUCCGGAGUGUCCCCCAGCCACACCUCGAAGCCGGGGCUCCCAAGCCUGUGGCCAGGGGUCCCUUGGAACCUGAGAAGGUCAGGACCUGCCUCCAGAGGCAGGUGAAGAAAGAAACCGUGUCAAAGACCAACGUGACCAUGGAAAUGACCCAGCCUUUGCCAUGGACGAAGGUUGCUGAGGACAGGAACAAGUCCCCGCCACAGGCACAGCAGAGGAUAGAGCUCAUCAAGGUGCAGUCCCAGGUGUACGUACCUGUAGAAGCAGCUGCGGCCCUGCCCCGGGCCCAGAUGACCGCCCCUCUGACCAAGACCCUGGGCCAGGCGCGUCCGUCUCCCAGGCAGGCCAAGGCCCUGCCCCAGGAGCAGCUGACCACACCCCUGACCAAGACCGUGACCCAGUUACAUCCAGCCGCGGAGCAGGCCAAGGCCCUGUCCCCACCAGCACAUCUGGCCACGUGUCCACCAACAGCCAUGCCCCAGCCGCACCUGGCCACGUGCCUGACGAAGACCACAUCCCAGGUGCAUCUGACUUCUGAGCAGACCAAGGUCCUGUCCCAGGGACAUUUGUCCACCACCCUGGCCAAAACCCUGCCCCAGCCCCCGCUGGCCGCACCUCUGAUGACGGCGUCCCCACUGCACUCGCCGGCCAAGCAGCCCAAGGCUGGGUCCCCAGCACACCUGGCCCCGCAAUCACCCAAGACCCCCUCCCAGGUGUACCCACCCUCCAGGCUGACCAAGACCCCGUCGCUGGCUCACCUCGUCACGUGUCUGACCAAGGCACAGUCCCAGGUGCAUCUGAGCUCGGGGGCGGUGAAGAUCCAGUCCCAAGCGCAGCUGCCCGUGGGGCUGACCAAGACACAGUCCCAGGCCCAGCUGGUCUCCCAGACCAAGUCCUUCUACACAGCUCGCCAGUCCACGGACCUCAACAGCAAGACGCAGUCCCAGCCCCUCCUGACCGGGUCCAGGGCGUCUGUCCCCUCCUGCCAGCACCUGGGGGCGAUGAGCUUCCUGUCCCGACCCAAGUCCGAGGACAGACCUGCCCAGCUCCAGCCCCAAGGCCACGUACAGAGCAAGACCACGCACGGCCCCUGCCCAGUGGCCUCAGAGGCCCAGGGCAUGCUGGUACCUCUGAUGACCUCCACCGGACACCCCACGUGCAACAUCGAGCCCUGGGGUGACAGCGGAACAGCGCGGGCCCAGCCGCCGGUGGCCAGCCAGGCGGUGCCCUGUCAGGAGGCGGCGGCUUCCCAGAUCGCCUCCCUGUGCGCGGAGCUGGCCGCUGUGCUGGGCUCCCAGGAGGACAUCCGGGCCCUGCUGGCCAAAGCCCUCUCCCAGGGAGAAGUGCGGGCCGCUCUGAACCAAGCCCUGUCCAAGGAUGUCCUGGGCACCACUGUGACCAAGGCGAUGCCGCAGGGCAUGCUGGGCAUGGCCCUGGUGAAGGCGUUGUCCUGGGGUGAACUGGGCAUCACCCUCUCCCGGGCGCUGUCCCGGGGCGAACUGCGCUCAGAACUCACCAAGGUCAUGCAGGGCAAGUUGGCCGAAGUGCUCAGCAAGGCCCUGACCGACGAGGAGCGGGCGGCCCUCGGUCAAGCCCUGUGUCAGGGGGAGCUGGGCGCUGUCCUCAGCCAGUCUCUGUCCCAGGCAGCCCUGAGGACUGCAGCCAUCCUCCCCAAGGCCUCCUCGAAAGCUGUGGGCAGCGGGAUGACUCUGCUGCCCGCCUCGGUGGAGGUGGACUGCCGGGGGAACGCGUCGGCCACGUGGGGAUCUGCCGUGGGCCCCGGGAGACCGCAGCCCAGCAAGGGCCAGAUCUCCCGUCAUGCCGUGGGUCCUGUAGCUGGCCUUCACAAGCCAUCCCUGGUCCCCACUGUACUCCAGGGCCCCGUGGAUGCUGGCUUGGCCAGUGGUGUUCCCAGCGUAGCCGUCAGGCCCAUGGACCACGCUGUGGCCCCCCAGAACACGUGGGAGACGGCCAGGGGCCCCGUGCCGUGGGACACCUUGGGCAGCGUGGCGGCGGUGAGCCCCAGACAGCCGGGGGAGCUGAUGGUGUCCGUGCAGACCAUGGAGAAGAUCCUCGUCCGGGCCGCGGUGGUGAUCCAGGCGUUCGCGCGCGGCUACCUGGUCCGCAGUACCAUCCGGGUGUGGCAUCAGUGCGCCACCGUCAUCCAAGCGAGUUGGCGUGGCUUCCGCGUGCGACGGAACCUGGCCCGGCUGUACCGAGCCACCACCAUCAUCCAGGCCGCCUGGCGAGGCUACUGCACCCGCAGGGACUGUGCCCAGCAGAUGCUGCUCCCGGCCGUGUGGGUGGAGCUGGGCAGCAAGGUCCGGGCCGCCCCCGACCCCCGCUGUUUCCCGGGCAGUGAGGCCAGGCUGGGCUCUGACCACCGCUGCUUCCAGUCCUGCCAGCCUCACAUCUGCAGCCUCUGCCAGUCGCUGAGCCCCGGGCUGGGCAACCCGCCCAGCGUGGUGAUGCUCGUGGGCUCCAGUCCCCGCACGUGCCACAUGUGCGGCCACACCCUGCCCACGCGGGUGGUGCACGGCAUGGGCCGCAGCAUCUCCAGCCAGGGGGGCCUGCUGUGGGCCUGCAGCUCCCCGAAGGCCUCCCAGGGCCUCUGCAGGUCACCCGGUCAGAACAGAGCGGCCAUGGCCAUCCAGUCGGCCUGGAGGGGCUUCAAGACCCGCCGCCAGCUCCGGCAGCAGCAGUCGGCAGCCAAGAUGGUUCAGUCCAACUGGAGAGGCCACUACACCCGGAGCUGCCUCACCACGGACAUGCUCCUGGGGUCGGGAGCCCCGCGGGACUGCUCAAGGGAUCCCUCGCGACACAGCACCCACAGCACCCGGUCCGCGCGCUGGCCCGGCGUCUAGGACCCUGGCUGCGUGCCAGCAGAGGGACAUAUGGGAAGGGCCGUGUGGCUCUCUGGGUCUGAUGAAUAAAGUCCUCCACAGCCUGGG